AUGGGAAAAACGCCAGCGUGGCCAAGCCGCCAGCGUGGCCAAGCCGCCAGCGUGGCCAAGCCGCCAGCGUGGCCAAGCCGCCAGCGUGGCCAAGCCACCAGCGUGGCCAAGCCGCCAGCGUGGCCAAGCCGCCAGCGUGGCCAAGCCGCCAGCGUGGCCAAGCCGCCAGCGUGGCCAAGGCGCCAGCGUGGCCAAGGCGCCAGCGUGGCCAAGGCGCCAGCGUGGCCAAGGCGCCAGCGUGGCCAAGGCGCCAGCGUGGCCAAGGCGCCAGCGUGGCCAAGGCGCCAGCGUGGGAAAGCCGCCAGCGAGCGCGGGAAAGCCGCCAGCGAGCGCGGGAAAGCCGCCAGCGAGCGCGGGAUAGCCGCCAGCGAGCGCGGGAAAGCCGCCAGCGAGCGCGGGAAAGCCGCCAGCGAGCGCGGGAAAGCCGCCAGCGAGCGCGGGAAAGCCGCCAGCGAGCGCGGGAAAGCCGCAAAUAUGGGAAAGACGCAAAUAUAG